ACCAAAACGCGAAGUUACGUACUACAUCUCUUUCUCUUCCUUCCAGCGGCUGUAUUGACUGACGAAGUUCUCUGAGCGCUGUUCGUACUCCCUCGAUUUUUCAGCUGCUGGCAAAUACAACCAUGGCUAGGCACGCGUUUCUGGCCCUCUGCCUGGCCGCGCUAGUGCUGGUGGCGACCGCAGCUGAUCCUUUCAGAGCCGCCGAUAACAAACCCGUAGACGUCGAAAAGGAGAAGAAAGAAGACGACACGGGCGCAGUCUCAGACGUGAGCGCCGCCAUUGUGAAAAAGGCCGAGGAGGGCAACGCCGCGGGUAUCACGGUGGUUUCCACCGCGACCGACUCGAUGCUCAUCGCUGACGCGUCCAAGGCCGGCUGGAACGCGAUGAAGUGUCACGUGGAGCUUAAGGAGCGCGCCGGCGCGUGCACGCCGAAAAACUGCAGCAAGGGCGGGAUUCCCGCCAAAUGGAAGACGUCGAAUCUCCUGAAGAAUAAGAUCGGCGUGGAAGUGUACGUGAAGGGUAACCCGCUCACGCUGAAAAAGGCCUCCCCGCAAACCUGCUGUAACACCUGCGCCGCGACAAAGGGAUGCACGUACUGGCAGUACAUCCCCGAUAUUACCAUCGACGGGAAGAAGAGCGACGGCGCGUGUUACCUGGUGAAGGACGAAAUCGAUUACACGUGCGGCGAUCUCGUCGCGCAAUUCGCGACGGAGACGAAACCCGUGCAUUUGCAGGUUCGCACGGGCGGCGAGUGCAAUCCCAAGGGCGAGAUUUCCAACGACCCGCAUUUGGUCGGCGCGUACGGAACCCAUUUCGACUUCAACGGCCGUCCCGAUAAGGCCUUCUGCCUGCUGACCGACCGCGACCUCCAUGUGAACAUGCUCCUCCGCGGGUAUUACAGCGAGAAUACCGACAACGCCGCGCUUGUGGUCGACGGGAAGGCGGUGCACACCUGGAUUAAGGAGCUCGGUAUAGUGUGGUUCGCUAAUGGCGCAGAUCACAAGAUUCGCGUGGCGGCGCGCGACGGCAAGCAGCAGGAGCGCGGGGCGGGAUUCAUGAAGAGCAUCGAGAUCGACGGAGAGGCGAUUCCGCGAAUGAACGUCGGCGAUGUGGUUACCACAGAGGGAGGACUCUCGCUCACGUUCAAGGCGCUCGAGAAGGAAGGUCCCUAUGACGUGGAUUAUUACAUCCUCGAUAUUGACGGCCUCGUCACGCUCGAUAUGCGUCUGCGCGUCGCUCACCCGAAGCUGCAGACCCCGACGGAGGCCGAGGCGCAUAUCAACCUCGGGAUUGUCGAGCUGUCGCACACGGACGAGAUUCACGGUGUGCUGGGGCAGACGUACCGCGAGGAUCACGCGACGAGAGCCGCUGAUUUCCAGAAGAUGAUCGCGUCGCUCCACCGUCCGAUUUCCGCUGAUGGUGCUGAGGGCGAGGGGUUCUUGGAUGGGAAUGCAAGGUCGUACGAGGCGAGCUCUGUCCUCGCUGUUGACUGCUCCCAUACCACCUACCGCCGCGCCAAGCAGCUCAGUCCCUUAUACGACCCAUAAAGAAUGGGCAGCAGACCAGUUUAGGCUAGGUUUGUAUUGUGUACGACAUGUGGGCUGAUUCUUUUAUUUGUACCAUACCCUUUAUAGAAUACGCUUCAUUUGAUCUGA